GGGUGAGGGGUGAGAGCUGAUUUCUGAGCAUUGUUUCUGUGGGCGGCAAUUUCAUACAAACUAUAACCUGGAAGAGAGGGUGCAAAUCCACUCUGAGGUCCCAGAUGGCCCCUAUUCUGUGCCGGACCCUCUCCCAAACGCCUCUUGCUGCCUGGAGCAGGGGCGGUGCUUUUAGGGGAAGUGGUUCCUCUUGGCCCUGAACGUAAACAGCCCAUCGUGGCUGCUUUCCACAGGAAACUGACCAGAGGGACAGAACAGGAAGGAAGCAGAUGGGUGUGGAAGCAGGGAUGGGUGGCUCAGGACGUCUGAAGGUGUGCGGGGGUGGGUGCUCAGGGCUGGGAAGCAAUGUAACUGUUACAGUCCAAACCUUGUUCCCAACUCCACAGCUGGGUCUUCUAGAGACCUGGGAUUUGGUGAGGCCCUCCUGUGCCCAGCUGCUGUCAGAAUCCAUCCCGGAUCUCAAAGGCAACCUCAACCUAGGACAUCCCUCAGCUUUCUAGUGUGACCUUAGGCAAGUUUACCUCAAUUUGUUUCAACCAUCAAAUGGGAUAACAGAAACUACCUGAUAGGAUUGUUUUGAGGAUGCAUUAUAGUAUGUAAAAUGCUAGUAUAGUCCCUUGCACAAAGUAAACAUUAUAGAAAAGUUUGCUCUGGUUCUUUUUCUUCCUAAGGUGCUGUAUAUACCUGCCCAGAGCCCCAGCCUCAUUCUGCCGGGUCUCAUCUCUUAGCCACUGGACUAUGAGCCCCUUGAGGGCAGGGCCCAUCCCUUUUCUACUUCAGUAGUCACCCCCACCCCCAAGAUACUCUGGUCCUGCUAGGGCCGGCCCCAAGGAGGGCUGGAGAGAUGUGUUGAGAAUUAUCCGGUGAAACUGGAAAUUGCUGCUGUAGGUAGAAGCCAGAAGCACAAGAUUUUCCUCUGUCCUCGAGCUUAGAGACUAGAUGAGGAACUGAGACGGGCAGAGGGCACAAAGAGAAACAUUAGUACGAAACCUCGGGGUGCAGACUGUACGUACUUCUGGAGCUCAGGGAAGGGAGAGCUGGUAUUGGCUGGAGGGGCUGAGAAGGGCUGAGAAGGGCUUCCUGGUGACGUGGUCCUUUUACCUGGCCUGAGCCUACAGCUGGAAAAGUGGGGCCUGUGUUGGGGGUGUGGAGGACUCAGGCUCACUGGGGUAGUCAGUGCACAAUGAGGAAUGGCGGAGUUAAGGCUGGGGAGGCGGGGAAGGGGCCAGUCUGCGCAAAGGCUCACUAGAAAAGCCUCCUCUUGCCUCCUUCCCAAUCUUGGGCAACCCCAGAAUUUGAGCUUCAGAAACUCUGGAGCCGAAAGGCCUGGCCUCAAGAUCUGGCUCAGCCACUUAGUAGCUAUGUGACCUCAGGCAUUUAUGCUCCCUGAGCCUCAGUGUAGCCAUCUAUACAAUGGGAACAGGAAUACCACCCAUGUCUUCUGGUUGUUGGGAGGAUGGAAGGAGAUAAUUCCUGCAGAGCACUUAGCAUGGCCUGGCACAUUGUAAGGGGCCAAUAAAUGGAAGGUGUUCUUGUUUUCUGGGCAGACUUUGUCACAAUGUCAGGGCUGAACUCUGACUGGCCCCACGAGGGGGAGAGCCUCAGCCCUCAGGAGCCAGGUCCUCCAGCCAACUCAGACAGUGACCCAGGCCACUUGCCAGAGGAGCACCCUGAGGAGACGUCUGCUCAGGAUCCUAAAGUUCUGAGCUUGGGGCUCCCUGGCCUGGACACCGGCGGGGCCUCCAACUGGCCUGGGCUUCGGAUCCUCCUGCAGCAGCUGCCUCCACAGGACAGUGAUGAGCGCUACUGCCUGGCCCUUGGGGAGGAUGAGCUGGCCGAGCUGCGGCUCUUCUGUGCCCAGCGGAGGCGGGAGGCCCUGGGACAGGGGGUGGCCUGCCUGGUACCUCCCAAGCUGGCAGAACACACCUGUGAGAAGUGCAGGGAGCCGCUGAGGCCAGGCGAGUACGGAGUGUGCGCAGCCCCGGCCGGAGAGCGGCGCGGCUGGCACCCGGCGUGCUUUGCCUGCCAGGCCUGCGGCCAGGCCCUGCUACACCUCAUCUACUUCUCCCACGACGGGCGUCUCUACUGCGGCCGUCAUCACGCAGAGCUGCUGCGGCCGCGCUGCCCGGCCUGCGACCAGCUGAUCUUCUCCCGGCGCUGCACCGAGGCGGAGGGACGGCGCUGGCACGAGAACCACUUCUGCUGCCAGGACUGCGCCGGGCCCUUGGGCGGGGGACGUUAUGCCUUGCCGGGGGGCCGCCCCUGCUGCCCCCGCUGCUUUAAGAGUCGCUACUCGAAUGCCGGCUCGAGCCAGGCCCCAACACUGGAAGGGAGGGCGCCGCUUGGGGAGGCGAGACUCGAGAGAGUUGCAGAGGGAGACUGCGCCCCGCUGGACGCCGCUACCAUCUCCCGGGCAGCCCUUCUCGCCGCUGCCUCCCGCUCCAGUCCGGAAACCCAGAGGGGGCGACUUCGAUCCAGUCCGGAGCAGGAGGGUCGAGCUGGGGACGAGGCGGAGGCACCCACCAAAGGGCGGGAGACGCCCCUCGAUGCCAAGGAGGACGCCCCCUGCCCCACCUGCUCCUCUUCUUCUGACUCGGAACCCGAAGGCUUUUUCUUAGGUCAGCGCCUUCCCGGUCCGUGGAAGACCCCCGGAAGCCUCCAGGCUGGGCACAGCGACACCUCCAGGAAGCACUGCACCAUUUGCUAG